UGAGGAACCAACCACUAACGACUUAGAUUAAGCUGCCUCUCCAUCUGACCGAGUGAGCUAGCACCCCGGAACAGAUGGCGAUCAAGUGGUUACGAUUUUCGUUCCUGGUCUUGGGCUUUUUCUCGCUGUGCUGCGCCACAGCGGGCGAUAGCAGCGGCGUAAAGAAGAUGAAGAUGCAGUUUGCGACGGGACCACUACUCAAGUUUCAGAUUUGCAUUUCCUGAGGGUACAAGCGGGUGUUUGAGGAGUACACGCAGGCCUUGUACCAGCGGUACCCAGACAUCCGCAUUGAGGGAGAGAACUAUCUUCCAAUCCCCAUCUACCGACACAUUGCUUCCUUCCUGUCUAUGUUUAAACUGCUGCUGAUCGGACUGAUUAUUAUCGGCAGAGACCCGUUUGCCCUGUUUGGCGUGCAACCACCAGGCAUCUGGGAGUGGGCACAGGGAAAUAAGAUUUAUGCCUGCAUGAUGGUUUUCUUCUUCAGCAAUAUGAUUGAGAACCAGUUAAUGUCUACAGGAGCGUUUGAAAUCACAUUAAAUGAUGUGCCAGUGUGGUCAAAGCUGGAGUCGGGACACCUGCCCUCCAUGCAGCAGCUCGUGCAAAUCCUGGACAAUGAGAUGAAGAUGAAUGUUCACAUGAACACAAGACCACACCACCACUCGUAACCCUACUUUUCAAUUUCUUCCUGGAGCUAAAAGCCCCUCCAUGUUUGAGGUGGGUCUCUCAUUGGGCUGUGACGUGAUGUUUAUGAAGGUCUGCGCUGAAGGCAAGAAGACUGCUAGCGCAGGCUGGAUGCUCCCAUCUUCUCACAUUGCCCCUCGAGACUUCCUGCCCCUGACGCCAGAGUGGGAUCAUUGGCAACGCCGCCAGUCUCUCAGUCAUCUUCUUGUACUACUCCGAUUACUGCAGAUUUCAUCCAGGUGACAUUAGUGGACUCAUAAGCUAAAAUUUUGAUUUGAUUCACUUUGACUAGUUGCAUAUAAUUAAUCUGUGCGUAUAAAAGUCCUUUUUACUGAGCCAUACGUAGAUUUUUAAGUUUAUGGUUCUAAAAGUAGUUUAGCUGUGUAGAAAAGCAACACCUACAUCUGCCAUCACUGUUGUGGAAAUAACAUUGGACAAUUGUUUCUUUCAGAUGUCUGAAUAAUUUUUUAUAUUUACGUAACUUGGAGGAAUCUAAAAAGAUUAAUAAAAUGUAACUAUUUAACUGUGA